AUGAAGGUCUCCGCAGCCCUGAUGUGCCUGUUGCUCACAGUAGCCGCCUUCGGCACCCAGGUGCUCGCCAAUCCAGAGUCCGUUUCCAUCCCCAUCACCUGCUGCUAUAAUAUGGUCAGCAAGGAGAUCCGCAUCCAGAAGCUGAAGAGCUACACAAGAGUCACCAACAGCCAGUGUCAACAGGAAGCUGUGAUCUUCCAGACCAAAAAAGACAAGGAGAUCUGCGCGGACCCCAAGAAGAAGUGGGUUCAGGACCUCAUGGGCCUCCUGGACAGCAGGGCCCAAGCUCUGAAGCCUUAA